AGAGGGAAAAAUUAAAAACCCGCUGCUUCCAUGAACCGUAUCAGCCCCUCGGUUUAUAAAAAUAAAAGCACGUUAUUGUGUCUGGCUCUGAGGAUUUAAAACCCUGAGGUGGUGAAGAAAGCGGACAUGGUGGAUAAGAACAUGAGCGAUCAGAUGCGGGCGGAGAGAGACGCUCUGGCCCCCAGUAAAAGCCCCUUCAUCAUGCGUCUCUAUUACUCCCUGCAGACGGCCACCAAGGUUUAUUUGCUGUGUGAGGACAUGAAAACCAAGACAUCCACGGCUGGAGGGACGUCAGAGGUCCGUGUGAAGAAAGAGGAGACACUGGAGCUGAAAAUCUACAACCAUAGAGAUGACCUCGACAACCCACCUGAAGGUCUCUCUGUUAAAGUGGAAGAUCCUGACAAUAAAGACUACCUCUACUGCGAAUUUUGCAAAUCCUUCUUCCUCAACAAAUGUGAGGUUCAUGGACCGCCCCUCUUCAUCCCAGAUACUUCUGUUCCCAUGGGAGUCCCUGACCGAGCCAGACAAACUCUUCCUCCUAGACUAGAAAUCCAGAAGUCCAGUAUUCCUGAUGCAAGCCUGGGAGUGUUUAAUAAGGGGGAGACUGUUCCAGUAGGUGCACACUUCGGCCCCUGCCAGGGAGAGCUGGUAAACAGAGAGGAAGCCAAGAACAGUGGAGACUCCUCGGUUGUAUACAGGAGCAUGCAAUGUGAAGAAUACAUUGAUGCCAAAAGAGAGAUGCAUGUGAAUUGGAUGAGGUAUGUGAAUUGUGCCCGUAAUGAAGAAGAACAGAAUCUUGUGGCAUUUCGGUAUCGAGGGGGAAUUCUGUAUCGUUGCUGUCGACCCAUUAACCCAGGACAGGAGCUAUUGGUGUGGUAUGAAGAGGAGCACACCAAAGAACUCAGUCCUGCACCUACAGGAACAACCAGACAGCAAGAAGUAAAGAAGACUUUGCUGCAGGUCUUUUCCUGCUCCACAUGUCCUCGUUACUAUGCAUCUCAAAUUUACCUUGACAAACACAUCCAAAGAUGCCACGAUGAAGAGUAUGUGAGACUGCAGGAAUCAGGAGAGAUUAAAUAUGAGCUUCAGAUCCCCUCCAAAUGCUCCAGUAGUCAGCCAACAUCAUCUGAUGCUCUCAGUUUUGACACUUCUCAUAAUGAUAUACAGAAGGAAAUUCACCACAGCUCAGACUGUGGAAAGAGUUUUGGUCAUCAGAAUGUAUUCAAGACACACCAGUGCAGUCACACAGGAGAGAAGCUGUAUCACUGCUCACAGUGCGGAAAGAGUUUUACUGAACAGAGUGCUCUCCAACGACACCAGCGUAUUCACACAGGAGAGAAGCCGUAUCACUGCUCACAGUGUGGGAAGAGUUUUACUCAUCAGAGUGCUCUCCAUACACACCAGCGCAUUCACACAGGAGUGAAACCGUAUCACUGCUCACAGUGUGGGAAGAGUUUUACUCAUCAGAGUAAUCUCCAACAACACCAGCACAUUCACACAGGAGAGAAGCCGCAUCACUGCUCACAGUGUGGGAAGAGUUUUACUCGUCAGAGUCAUCUCCAACAACACCAGCGCAUUCACACAGGAGAGAAGCCGUAUCACUGCUCACAGUGUGGGAAGAGUUUUACUCAUCAGAGUAAUCUCCAACAACACCAGCACAUUCACACAGGAGAGAAGCCGCAUCACUGCUCACAGUGUGGGAAGAGUUUUACUCGUCAGAGUCAUCUCCAACAACACCAGCGCAUUCACACAGGAGAGAAGCCGUAUCACUGCUCACAGUGUGGGAAGAGUUUUACUCAGCAGAGUGAUCUCCAAACACACCAGCGCAUUCACACAGGAGUGAAGCCGUAUCACUGCUCACAGUGUGGGAAGAGUUUUACUCAGCAGAGUACUCUCCAACAACACCAGCGCAUUCACACAGGAGAGAAGCCGUUUCACUGCUCACAGUGUGGGAAGAGUUUUACUCAGCAGAGUGCUCUCCAACAACACCAGCGCAUUCACACAGGAGAGAAGCCGCAUCACUGCUCACAGUGUGGAAAGAGUUUUACUUGUCAGCGUCAUCUCCAAAAACACCAGCGCAUUCACACAGGAGAGAAGCUGCAUCACUGCUCACAGUGUGGAAAGAGUUUUACUCGUCAGAGUCAUCUCCAACAACACCAGCGCAUUCACACAGGAGAGAAGCCGCAUCACUGCUCACAGUGUGGAAAGAGUUUUACUCAGCAGAGUCAUCUCCAACGACACCAGCGCAUUCACACAGGAGAGAAGCUGCAUCACUGCUCACAGUGUGGAAAGAGUUUUACUCAUCAGAGUGAUCUCCGACGACACCAGCGCAUUCACACAGGAGAGAAGCCGUAUCACUGCUCACAGUGUGGGAAGAGUUUUACUCAGCAGAGUCACUUCCAAACACACCAGCGCAUUCACACAGGAGAGAAGCCGUAUCACUGCUCACGGUGUGGGAAGAGUUUUACUAAACAGAGUCACUUCCAAACACACCGGUGCAUUCACACAGGAGAGAAGCCGCAUCACUGCUCACAGUGUGGCAAGAGUUUUACUCAUCAGAGUCAUCUCCAAACACACCAACGCAUUCACACAGGAGAGAAGCCGUAUCACUGCUCACAGUGUGGGAAGAGUUUUACUCAUCAGAGUAAUCUCCAAACACACCAACGCAUUCACACAGGAGAGAAGCCGUAUCACUGCUCACAGUGUGGGAAGAGUUUUACUCAGCAGAGUCACUUCCAAACACACCAGCGCAUUCACACAGGAGAGAAGCCGUAUCACUGCUCACAGUGUGGGAAGAGUUUUACUGAACAGGGUACUCUCCAACGACACCAACGCAUUCACACAGGAGAGAAGCCGCAUCACUGCUCACAGUGUGGGAAGAGUUUUACUCGUCAGAGUACUCUCCAACAACACCAGCGCAUUCACACAGGAGAGAAGCCACAUCACUGCUCACAGUGUGGGAAGAGUUUUACUCAUCUGCGGACUCUCCAACGACACCAACGCAUUCACACAGGAGAGAAGCCGUAUCACUGCUCACAGUGUGGGAAGAGUUUUACUCAGCAGAGCGCUCUCCAAACACACCAGCGCAUUCACACAGGAGAGAAGCCGUAUCACUGCUCACAGUGUGGGAAGAGUUUUACUCAGCAGAGUACUCUCCAACAACACCAGCGCAUUCACACAGGAGAGAAGCCGUAUCACUACUCAUAGUGUGGGAAGAGUUUUACUCAGCAGAGUGAUCUCCAACGACACUAGCGCCUUCACUCAGGAGAGAAACUGCAUCACUGAUCAGUCUGGAAAGAUGUUUACUUAUUCAGUUACAUUUAAAACCUACAAGUGCACCAACUUGUAGACAUUGCAUGAUUUAAAAUUGUCAAAUUAAAUAUGGUUAUUAUUACAGUUUUGGCUGAAAAUGACCUGUACUUUGAACUUUAUUGUUCAUGUUAUAUGACUGUUUUAAAAUACGUAACCUUAGUGAUGUUUAAAACAAGACUAUUCUUGUUUUCUUUUGAUCUUAAGUAGUCAUUAAUUACCACCAUACAAGUGACAAUUAAACUGCACCACUAUUAUCAGUGUAAUACUGCAGCAUGAGACUAAUUGUUAAUGGAAUUUGUACUGAUCAGGAGUUUAAUGUACUACAAUGUAUAACAGAACUGUGGAUCAAACCAAAUGAGUAUGGACCAUUUGAAAUGAAGCUCUUCCAGCUAUAUGCAUCCACCUUGUCUCACUGGUAGAGGAGAAGCCAUCAGUUAUUUAUAAUGAUAAUCUAGGAAUCAUACAAAAACCUGAACAAAAAUUCAGUAUGUUUGAAGUUCUUUAUCCUAAUAUAUGUAGCUAAAAAAAAUAAUUCUACCUGGUCAAUUCAGCUAAUUAUUAUUUCCUGACCCGUGGUCUAUAUUCUGAAGUUCUUUCUGAAUUUGCGCAUUUCAUCUCAAACCUGGUUGUUUAUUGAGACAACAGAUUGUUAGAGACGUUAUUUGUUUUGAUCACCUGGAAGAGACUGAGAACAGCAUUCCUGUCCAUUCUAGAUUCAGUAGGGGUUAAUGAGAGUGUCACAGGAUCUAACCCUAUUUUUUUGAGGUUUUUGUAUGAUUCCUAAUCGUCACAUUCUCGAUCUAAUACUUGCAUUUGUAUUAAAUAUAGAAAAUAUAGUCACACUUAUACAGUCUGAAGCUCCCUCAGACCAUUACCUCAUCUCUUUUGAAAUGUCUUAAUAUAUGCACCUUGCAUGCCAUCGCAUCAAAAGUACAUUCGCAUCAACUACUGCAUAAAGUUUUAUCAGUAGUCUCCCAGAGUUAUCAAUUUGAUUGGAUCCCCGUUAGACCCCACAGAACUUGAUCAGCCAACUGAAUGCUUACAGUCAAUGUUCUGCUUUACUUUAGAUAAUGUAGCUCCACUUAAAAGAAAAUA